AUGGCAAUAUCACCCGACCUCACUGCAGUCGCCGUUCCAGGUUUACAUGAUCCGACUCAAUCAGAUGGCGCCUUCAAUUGCAAGUCCCGACACUCCCGCUGCGACGAGAAGAAGCCGGUCUGCAGCAACUGCGAGCGCUUGAACCUGCGUUGCCAUGCCCCCGAAUUCAUCACUCCCUCCGCAUGGAGCGCGGCCAUCGACUCCCCGCCGCGACGGCAAGAAAGCGACGAUCACGACCAUGUCGCCCAUACCGAGCCGCCUACAUCCACCUGGGACGUCUUCCACUCCCCCGUGCAGGGCUUCAGCUCCGAUGAUUCCCUCCAGGCCCUCCUCUCCCAGCCUGAAGCCCCCUCUAUCCCGGCCUUGACGCUACAACCUUCCUUAUCACCCACGGUUUCCCUGACUGCAGAGAUGGCGCACCUCCUAUACGUCUACCAAUUCGGCGUGUCGACCUGGAUGGACCUCUUCGACCACACCCUCACCUACCAACGCGCCGUCACACGGCGCGCCCUCGUCUCAAAUCUCCUCCUCCACUGCAUCUGCGCCUUCACCGCCAAGCACCUCAGCCUCUUGGUCUCAGGUGAGAUCUGGACGCCCGUAGCAGCACGCUACUACGGCGAGUCCCUGCGCCUGCUAAUCGGGGCCCUGGGCAGCGCAGCACCCCAGGAAGACACGCUAACCGCAACGAUGCUGCUAAGUAGUUAUGAGGUGGUUGCUGCGCAGGGCCAAGAGCAUCGCCGGCACCUCUUUGGGGCGGGAAGGUUGAUUAGGACGCAUGGCAUCAGCGCGCUCUCGGUCGGGAUUGAUAGGGCAAACUUCUGGAUCUACGUCCGGCAUGAGAUUUCUGUGGCGUUGGUGACGGAGAGGCCGCUGCAGAUGAGGCCGAUGGAGUGGGGUGUCAGGUGGGAGGACGGCGAGGCCGAGGAAGAUACGUUGGGAAAUCAGCUUUUGUGGUUACUGGGCAGGGCGAUUGAUUUGACCUAUGCGAGGGAUCCCAAUACCGGAGAGUCGGCGGCGACAAUAGGCGAGAGAAUGGACUUGAUGCGAGACGUGGAAGUGUGGUUUAAUGGCUUGCCUGGGUCGUUUGAGGGGGUGAAAUACGAGGAAACGGAGGAAGGUUUUUCGAAGUUGUACUUUGCUGUUCCUGCUGCUGGUGAGUGGCCUUCCGAUGCCGGAAACAGAGAGAUGAAGAUGAAGCCCUUGAAUGACACUGUCCAGCUGCCGCGAUGA